UUUGCGUCACUGCUUCGGAGAACAGUGAACUGAGCGAGUUGCAGAGAGCGAGACAAGUUUGCAGGGAAGGGCCGGCUGAGGCUGCAAGCCCCCAGGGCUCGUGUGGCCUUGCCGCCCGCCCCUGCCCGAUCCCUUCUCCUUCUGCUCUUCCACCGUCCCCCCCCCCACUUAGCCAAAGGCCGGAGGUAAGGGGAAACCUCCCCAGCACCCCCUUAAAAAUUGUUUUCUAGUCCCGAGAGAGCAGGGGAGCGAGGGGCGGCCGCUAGUCAUGGAGCUGCUGUGCUGCGAGGUGGACCCGGUGCGCAGGGCCGUACGGGACUCCAACCUGCUGGGUGACGACCGCGUCCUGCAGAACCUGCUCACCAUCGAGGAGCGCUACCUGCCCCCCUGCUCCUACUUCAAGUGUGUGCAGAAGGACAUCCAGCCAUACAUGCGCAGGAUGGUGGCCACCUGGAUGCUGGAGGUCUGCGAGGAGCAGAAGUGUGAGGAGGAAGUUUUCUCCUUGGCCAUGAAUUACCUGGACCGCUUCCUGGCGGGGGUCCCCACCCCCAAGACCCACCUGCAGCUGCUGGGGGCCGUGUGCAUGUUCCUAGCCUCCAAGCUGAAGGAGACCAUCCCGCUGACCGCGGAGAAGCUGUGCAUCUACACCGACAACUCAGUGAAGCCCCAGGAGCUGCUGGAGUGGGAGCUGGUGGUGCUGGGCAAAUUGAAGUGGAACCUGGCAGCUGUCACCCCUCACGACUUCAUCGAACACAUCCUGCGCAAGCUGCCCCAGCCCAACGACAAGCUGCCUCUGAUCCGCAAGCACGCGCAGACCUUCAUUGCUCUGUGCGCCACCGACUUCAAGUUCGCCAUGUACCCACCGUCCAUGAUCGCGACCGGCAGUGUGGGGGCCGCCAUUUGUGGGCUGCAGCAGGAUGAGGACGUGAGCUCCCUCACUGGGGAUGCCCUGGUGGAGCUGCUGGCCAAGGUCACCAACACUGACGUGGAUUGUCUGAAAGCCUGCCAGGAGCAGAUCGAGGUGGUGCUGCUCAACAGCCUGCAGCAGUGCCGUGAGGAGCCAGGUGAGGCGGCCAAGGCCGAAGAGGAUGUGGACCAGGCCAGCACCCCCACCGAUGUGCGGGAGAUCGACCUGUGAGCUUGCCCCACGGGCCAGAUGGGAGAAGCCAGCUCCAGCCUGUUUUCUCCCUUCUCUUGCGUUCCAGUUCGUUCUCUUAUGUUUUAGGAUGCAAGUUUAAAAGCAAAAACAAAAAAGCAAACACACACACAUAAGAAAAGAAAAUUUACCCCCCCUCCCUAGAAAGCUGUUUUAGGAGUGAGAGAGAAACGGUCCUGUACAAACAGCAUGAUGAAAUAGCAUUUGGUGCCUAUUUUGAAGUAUAACAGGGGAUCCCUUGUGUCUGCCUUCAGUUGCUGUUUGAUUCUGUUCAAGGUGUGGUAGAAACAUGCUUUACCAGAAACAAACCCUGCAUGCAGAGUAGCUAGAGAAAAAAAAAAUGCACGCCUGCAAUCUGGAAGCAAAUUAGGGGAGACUUUAUUUUUUUCUCCACCUUUCACUCAUGUUAUGAACUAGCAUAUCCAUCAUUUCAAGGAACUGCCUGAUGCCAUGUAUGGCGUGAUUUCAAUUGCAAAGCAAUGAACUUGAGGAAUGGGGGUGGGGGGGGGAGGACAAAGCAAUCUUGGGUGCACGGGAACCAUUUUGGAUGCAGAAGCACUUGGCCCCUGAGCACCGAUUGGUUUCUAAUCGGGAGCACCACUGCAUCUCUAGUUAGACUCUUGCUGUCUACAGUAGCUGCUACCUUAAAAAAAAAAAAAGGAUUUUUUUUUUAAUGAUGUUUAACUUUGACAGAUGGACACAAGGUGAUUGGGCCAAGGAUGUCCUCUAGCUUCUUCUUCCAAACAUGGUUCAUGGCGGGCACCAAGCCUUGCUGGUAUCUCAAGGUGGGGGAGGGGGCAGGUGCUGACCAAGGGUGGACUCUGGAAUGGAAUCACUUCUCUGAUACAUUCAAACAUAGUACUGUCACCUUGGCAUCCCUUAUUACUAGGAAACCUGAUUAAUUUCCCUUUUGUUUUUUGUUCUUUUCCUUCAUUUUGGUGCUGAUUGGCAUGCCUGCUCCACAGUGUAGCAUUGUUAUAAACCAUUCCAUUCGAAAAAGCACUUUGAGAAAAAAAAUUGUUCCCGAGGGAUAGAUGGGAUGGUUUAUGCAAAUCGUGCUGAAUUGACUCCUCCCUUCUGCCCACCCUACCUCCCCCUCCAGUUCCAAGUCUCCACCCCACCCUCACCCUCCAGCUGGGUUCCUCUUUUCAUCUGUUAUCUAAACCGUGCUCUGCUACAGAGCACCGAUGUCCCCAGUCAGGACAAGAGAGACCCCCCCUCCCUUUCCUCUGACAUUCUCAUCACAACAUUCCUCAGAAGGCGCCUAAAAACAGAUCCAUCACCAUUUUGAUGGGACAGAUGGAUCUUGAGUCCCCACCCUCCCCAGCCCCAUACUUCUGGACAUGGUAAGGAAAGUCAGUGCUGGUGUAAGAACAGACAACUGAACGUCAGGGUGUGGCAUUGUGCUCCCUUUUCCAUUUGGAGAUUAUGGUUAUUAUUAUUAUUAUUUUUUAUUCAUUUCAUUGCAAAGUUAUGUUCAUUGUACUUGAAUUUUUGUAUCCCCCUCCACUUCUUCGAGGCAUUCAGUUAGCAAAGAAGUUGGAGCAACUUUUUUUUUUUUUGCACAAUUACAAUUGACAGGUGAUGAAGCUAUUUGUUACAAUAGUUGUCUCUUUUUUUUUUUCUUUUGUUAAGUAAAAAAAGUCAGAACAGGGCGUCUUUGAAGAAUUAUUUUCCACACAGAUUCUGCCUUGUUAGACUAAUAGGGUUGAAGAUGGAGGAAAAAUCUUAAGGGUCUCUUAUUUUUCAGUUUAUUGUGUUCAGUUUAUUAUUGUUAUUUUUUUUUUUUUGCGCUGCUAUGAGGCUAAGAUCAUCCUUAUUCACAUUAACAGUACCUAGCUGUAAUGUUUUCACAGAGUGUGCUGCUAUUUUAUAAACAUUUUUUAUAAUAUAUUAUUUUACUGCUUAAAUUUCCAAGUCCUGAAGUAGAUGGUUGCGAUAUGAGUUCUUUGUACUGGAAAAGCCCUUCCAUAGUUUUAUUUUCUUCCAGUAGCAUUUUCAUGGUGGUUUUUUUUUUUUUUUUUUUUUGGUUUUUUUCCAUUUUGGAUUUUUUGUUUGUUCCUCUCUGAUUACAUUCUUCAAAGACAGAUCAUUCUUUACCUCAGGUUUACUGGAUAAAAUCAAUAACUACACAAGAAAACGGCUCACAUUUUUGUUUUCAUAAUACCUCACAACCAUACUGUUACUGCUUGGGAGCUCAUUUGUGUGGGAGCAGGAAAAAGCAGGAGAGGGGAGAUGGAACACCACCACCCCCUUGGGUGGAAAGCGGGGUGAAUUUGGUUCCAAGGUCUUAUACCUUCGGGGCCUUUUCCGUGAGGAAGGUCAUUAGGCUUCCAUUUUGACUCCGGUAUCUACAUCAUGAUGGAAAAAAAGACAAUUGAACCAAGGGACACACCCCCACCCCCAGGGCAGAUACUCAGCACAAAUAUUGGACUAGGAACUCACAUUUGCCCUUUGGUACCAGGUAUCAGGAGAAGGGAGAUAGAAUCCCAGCAGGCUCUCACUCCUUCAGGCCCUUCAUUUUGACUGGUCCCUUACCACCACCCCUUCCCCUCCUCUGACCUGGGUGUCCUCAGUUGAGGAUGGUCUCAGAGGUGUUUCUGGGUCUGAAUCUGGAUGGAUGGGAGUUGUAAUCACUCCCUUCCAAGUGUCCCUCACUGUGGCAGGCCCUCUGCAAAGGGACACUGGAUGGUCUUGAGGUUUUCCAGAGUGUUCAGGUGGCACUAUUGGAAGAACAGGUGAGAUGGAGAUUGGAUGAUAGCCAGUCAAAGGGAGAUGGGCCCUCUUCAGAGGUCUCUCUUGCAAUGUGUGUAGAAGGGUUCAGGACUUGGUGAGUGAGCAUAACCCUGAAAUUCUAGGGAAUUUCCAGUGGGGGCAGUGGAUGGUGAAUGAUGUUGGAGUUUUGGAGAGGAAAUCCAAGAGUCCAGUGUAUUUAUUAUUAUUAGUGAGGGCCCACUUUUGUACAAGUCACUUUUCUGAGGAGUUCCAGAGAUGGGGGGGGAGGGGUAAAAAAAAUGCUUUGGGGUUCUUGGAGCCUAAAGAGAAAAAGGCCCAAACUCAUUUCCUAGUGACCAGACCUUAAACAGAAGCAGCACGUGACAGAAGGUGACAAGGAAGAGAGCAAGCCAACAGACUCUUCCCCACAGUCUAUAACUUCCUUUGUCUUGGAGCGCUAGGUACCACUGGGACCUUCUGGAUCUUUUUUCCUUCUCAUCCUUGGGACUUGGGCGGGGGGCUGUUGAGGAUGACCCUGGGGAAGAUGCCACAUUGUUUGGCUUUUGUGCUUGCUCCUUCCAACAAAAAAGGGACCCUGGGCUUGUUAAAGUGGCUAAUAGCCUCUUCUUCAAUCUUUGUUUCUUGGUAGGGGGGGUGGUGUUCAACUUUUCCUUCUGGAAUUCUCUUUGUCUUUUUCUACCUGGUUAAUCUCUCUGUCCCCUCUGAAUAUUUUUUAGUUAUUAUUAUUACUGUUACUAUUUUUUUUCCUCCAUCAGUGGGGGGGUGGCUUCAUUGUUCCCCUCACACACCAAAUUUUACUCCUCCCCCUAUUUUGGCCAGAUUCUAGGGGGGUGGAUCUAGUAUGCCAAAUAUAUAUGUGUGUGUGUGUGUGUGUGUGUGUGUGUGUGUGUGUGUUAAAGCAUAAUUCAAUGCCAUGUGGGUUCCUGACAGCUAAGAAAGCUAUAGAGGUGGCAGCAUCUCUGGGGAUAGUUCCUUCAGCAAGGAGGUCUUCCAGCAAGGGUACUGACAGGAGAGAGGUCACUGGAAUAGACUAUACUGGAACUGCCCCAGGCCCCCAAGGAAGAGCCUCCUGUGGCUCAGAGGGGACUUCUGGGACAGGACCAGGCUGGUGCUGGCCACAGCCCUGAUAUCACACACACACACACACACACACACACACACAGAUACACACACAGAUACACACACAGACACAGGACACUGCAUCCCUUUGCCAGCAGAAAGGGUUUCCGUCCUCUCUGCACUGUGCCCUGAGAGACUGAGCAGUCAAGGACAUUCAUUCAGUGUAGGGUUGAGCAACUUCCUCAAAGAGGGCAGGGGAAUCUUCUCUCCGCAGGGGCCGGGACUGAGAGAAGAGAUCUGACUUGCACCUUAUGUACCAUGUAAAUAAUGAUGCUCUAGUUGGGGGUGAUACUGGUAGAGUGGGGAGGAGAGGGAGUUAAGUCCGAGUGAGUUAAGCCAGUUGGCUUCAAAGCCAAAAGGAUCCCUCUGUUCCCCUUUGAGAUGACCCAACCCUGGGAAUAGCUUUAAAAGGGACAUUGGUACCAGGACGGUAAAGUUCCCUUAAGCCAGCCCAGGGCCCUGAAGCAGAAGGGUGACUGCAGGUUUUGCUGGCAGGGGCUGGGAGCAGCUCCCAGAGCUGCUCGUGUAGUCGUCCCCAUGUGUGCCCAAGAGGGCAGGGAGGAUGUUUAUGGCUUUCUCAGACCACGUGGCCACUCACGAUUCCACAUAAACAACUCAGAACGGCCAUUUUCUCUGGCCCAAAUUGUCAGUGUAUCUUCUGCUUUUGAGGUUCUGGGCUGGGCUAGCAGACCCAAUCCUUGGCUCAGGCUUCCAGAAACCAACCACCAGCAAACGUAUCCAUGCAUAUUAUGCUGCAGGCGCUGACAUUUAUUGCUUUGCUGCAGCCUACUUAGGGGGGGAAAAGUGCCUUAUAACUGACUGUAGCCAUUGCAGUAGCCAACAUUAUCAUGACAGGUGUCUGUCCUUUUAGAUGGAAACAAAACAAGAAGAAUUGGAGAUUUGGUUUGCUUUUUUUAUGUUUGUUUCUACUCCAUUGGUUUGCAUUCUUAUACUGGCCAACUCUUCAAUCCUCAGCAACUACUGGCCCAUUGGAUGUUUUCCCAUGAUGUUCCAUUACCUUCAUAUCACUUACCUCAGAUCUCUCGCUCUUUUCUCAGUUAUAGUUCUUGUCUUGGACUUCUUUUGUUGUUAUUAUGAUUUUUUUUUUUUUUUUUUGCUUUAAAAUGAGUGAUGCCAUAUCAAAUCGAUGUUACCCUCUCACAGUGUACUCUCUCAGAGGGUGUGGGUGUUCUAUUUGGUCGGGAUGUCAUUAAGUGCUAAAGUAGUGUGAUGGGUCUGAGCAAGGGUUUUAGGGCAGGAGGAGGCGAUGUGUGGGUGACAGUGGGAGUGUGCUUUAGUCGAGCUGCCUUUUCAGAGGCCCGAUCUGUUCAGUGUUAAGUGAUUUUUUUUAAAUAAUAAUAAUAACCUUUGUUAUUCUGACUAGCUUAAAGAUGGAUUUGAAAAAUGGUUUUUGGAUGCAAUUAGGUUAUGCUAUUUGGACAAUAAACUCACCUUGAUGUAAA